UCGCCUGCUUUAUGAGUCCCAUAGAUGGCCGCGGGUUACUUGUUUUUCCUGCGACCUACUGCUCACCCAUGAGUAAACCUAUUCCCAGGUAUAAUAGUUUUCUAAUGAAGCUCCCAUCCCCAGACAGAUAACAUUUACAGUUGUUAUAAUGCUCCUUUGGGUCAACACCACUUCCCCACAGAUAAGGCCGGUGCACCACUUUGGAAUUAGCAUGUUUGUCCGUGAGCCCUUUGCAUAAGUGCAAACAUGAUUUGCUGUUCAACUAAAGACACCUGGUGCACCACGUCUCUAAUCACUCAGAGCUGGUUGUUGCUCAUCACUGGUGGGUCAGAAGAUGAAUAGUUCCCGUUCAGAGAUCUGCUGUGCCUUUGAGUCACCCAUCCUGGACCGGGUUCUGCCUCCAGUUCUGAUUCUGGAGUUCAUGUUUGGAUUAAUGGGGAAUUUCUUGGCUCUGGGGAUGUUUAUCUUCUACAUGGACACAUGGAAACCCAACUCCGUCUACCUCACUCAUCUAGCGGUUGCGGACUCCAUCGUACUGUUCUGCCUUCCCUUCAGAGCGGACUACUACCGACGUGGGAAGGACUGGAUCUACGGUGACAUCCCGUGCCGCAUCCUGCUCUUCCUGCUGGCCGCCAACCGUGCAGCGGGGAUCUUCUUCCUCACGGCGGUGGCUGUCGACCGAUACUUCAAGAUCGUCCACCCGCGAAACCCCAUAAACCGCCUGGGCUUGGGCUACGCUUUGUGGGUCUCCCUCGGCCUGUGGGGGUUGAUUUUUCUGGCCACCGGGUAUCUUCUCGCCAACGAGCACUUUUUCUACAACAGCAACCGCACACAGUGUGAGAGUUUCAACAUCUGCAUGGGCUUCACGCCUCUCUCCACCUGGCACAAUGCCUUCUACGUCAUCCAGUUUUUCCUGCCGACCGCCAUCGUGGCGUUCUGCACAAUCAGAAUCACCUGGCAGCUGAGAAACAGGACUUUGGACAAACAGGGUAAGAUCAAGCGCGCCGUUCAGUUCGUCGCGGCCGUGGCUCUCAUCUUCAUCACCUGCUUCUUCCCCAGCACCAUAUCUCGCAUCGCCGUGUGGAUUCUAAAGGUGUGGUAUGACGAAUGCGGACAUUUCGAAAAGGCCAACCUGGCGUUCUACACGUCAGUGUGUUUCACCUACUUCAACAGUGUCCUCAACCCCGUCGUGUACUACUUCUCCAGUCCGGCGUUCAGCGGCUCCUUCAGAAAGGUGCUAAACAAACUGCUGGGAAGGAGCGACGACAAGGAGCCGACGCAGUCGUCCGACAACAACAUUUCCACCGUUUAUGGUGACGGCAUCUAAAACCACUUGAUGGGUGAAACGGCAAUGAGCGGCGUUAAGCGGACCCCGCGUGAGCUUUCUUGCCUACGCGCGGUCCUGACCCCGCGUGCGGUUUUGAGCUUUUUUAAUUAUUAUUAUGGUUUCGGGAACUGACGGGACACCCGUGGAGCUGGGACUGUGGGAGUUUAAAUAAUCGAUAAGCAGCGUUAAUAGCAAAUGGAAAUAUGAAGCAAUUCAUAGAGCGUUUUACAAUAAGAUCCGAAGUAAAUGCUGAUGGUUCCGUUUGGUGAAAGCAAUUGACUCCAUUCAGCAUGAGUGAAGCUUAAGUGAGACGUGCUCGAUAAAUUACAACUGACCUCAUUAGAAGUGUAGCUUUUCUUUUGCGUGAAUCAUGGAUAAAUUAAGAAUCAAAUGUUCUCCUGAACUUCAACAUUUUAUUCAGCUUUUGUUCUAGGCUUUCUAAAAAUUAAGUCUCUUAAUUUUAAUAACAUGCCUUAGGUCUCAAAUACACAUUUUCUAAAUCAAGUCUUCAAAAUAUGUCUUAUUGAUUUUUAUAUGCCACUAACAUAUAUAUAUAUAUGUGUGUGUGUAUUUAUACAUUUGACUGAGGUUAGGUGUCAUUAUGCUGCAACAAAAUUAAAAACUUAAUCGGAAUAUGUAUAUUCUCAUUAUAAAAGUUUUUUUUUUUCAUUAAGUCUCCUACUUUGACUUUUAAUAAAUUGACUACUUUUUUUCAAUUUGAUUUUUAAAAAAUCUGCUAAAGGUUAAAAACCUAUGAUUUCAUCCAACAAUAAGCAUUAUCUCCAACCUCCGCCUUUUAAAACUCAGUCACUAUAGCUGGAAAAAUGAAGGCUUCAUGUUGACAAUUUUGUCUGCCUUGCUUUUAGGUUAAGUGCUGUAUUAGUGUGUGUGUGUGUGUAUAUAUAUAUAUAUAUAUGUAUAAUCAGUGAAAAAAUAAAUGUAAAGCAAA